UCACAUGACCUGGAUACGCCCAAAGCUGGAUCUAUGUACUGCUGACAGUUGCAGAGCCUCCAGUGCUAGCAGAGGACAGCAGAGCCAUCACAAUGCCUUCUUCCUGGGUUCCCACCAUUGGCCUCACACUGUUGCCUCACGUAGGUGGUAUACUAGGAGGCUUCAUCACACGGAAAGAAGUUAAAACAUGGUAUACAACACUGGUGAAGCCAUCAUGGCGCCCGCCUAACUGGCUGUUUGGACCUGUCUGGACGACGUUAUAUACUUCCAUGGGGUACGGUUCAUAUUUGAUAUAUAAGGAACUGGGUGGUUUCACUGAAGACUCUGUUGUUCCAUUAGGACUUUAUGCUGGGCAGCUUGCACUUAAUUGGUCUUGGACACCCAUCUUCUUUGGUGCUCACAAAAUUGGUUGGGGCCUUGUGACUAUAGCAGCCCUCACUGGUACAGUGGUCCUCACAACAAUCUCCUGGUACCCAAUUAGCAAGACAGCGGCCUGCCUGAUGCUCCCAUAUAUAGCCUGGCUGUCCCUGGCCACUUCCCUGAACUAUGUCAUAUGGAGGGACAACAAGGACAAGUCGGACAAGUCGGAAUAG